GGCCACGGCCACAGCCACGGGCUCUUUGGCCAUCACCACCACCACGACAACACGUUUCUGACGUCGGGCGACAAAAACGACCCCGGCGUGCGCAUCACCCGCAUCGGUCUGAUCAGCAACCUCGCCAUGGCCAUUGCCAAAUUCAUCGGCGGCUGGGCCUUCAACUCCAAGGCCAUGAUUGCCGACGGCUGGCACAGCAUCGCCGACCUGGCCUCGGACAUCCUGACGCUGGCGACGGUCUCGUGGAGCCUCAAGGGCCCGACCGAGCGCUUCCCGCUGGGCUUCGGCAAGGUCGAGAGCCUGGGCGCGCUGGGCGUGUCGAGCAUGCUGCUUGUCGGCGGUUUCUACAUGGGCUUUGAGAGUGCCGUGUCGCUGUACGGCCAUUGGAACCCCGAGGCCGCGCACGAGAUGUUGGAGCACGUUGCGCAUGGCCACAGCCACAGCCACUCGCACAGUCACGCAGAUCUGGGCAUCCCCAGCUUACACGCAGCUUGGCUGGCGGGAGGCACCAUUCUGGUCAAAGAAUGGCUCUACCAAGCCACCAUGAAGAUUGCGCGCGAGCGCAAGUCGUCCGUCCUCGCCUCCAACGCCGUCCACCACCGCAUCGACAGCCUGACGGGCAUUGUGACGCUCAUUGCUAUUGUCGGCGCCAACGUCAUUGAAAACGCCGCGUGGCUGGAUCCCGUCGGCGGCCUCUUCAUCUCCGCCAUGGUCCUCCACGCCGGCCUGGGCAACACCAAGUCUGCCUUCCUCGAGCUGAUAGACCAGAGUCUGGACGACGAGGUCAAGGCAGCGAUUCGCAAGCAAGCGCACCGGGCAAUCGCCAACGUGAGCGAAGGCCACCAGGCGGAGCUGCGCGACAUCACGGGGACCAAGUCGGGACCCAACUUUCUGGUAGACCUGGAGAUGGCGGUGCCCGGCGCAUGGACGGUGGAUGACGUGAAAGACCUGGAGGAUGCGGUGCGCACGCUUGUGGGAGGCAAAGUGCGUGGAGUGAAGCGAGUCCGGGUGCGCUUCGUAUCGCGAGAUGCAGAGGUCAACAAGAGGUUCGACGAGUUCAUCCCGGGCAGCGCGCGGUCAAGUGUGUCGGAAGCAUCUGAGCAGGAGGAAGAGGAGCAUCACCAUGACCACGGACACAAGCAUUAG